UCAAAACCACUGCGAGCCCAUGCAUGCCCGGCGCAAGGAUGGCGCGGCGACUGCCCCAAACCAGAAAGUGCGGACGAAGGCUACGGCCAUUUUCCAGCAAAUUUCGAACGGCAAGAGAAGUGCGUUGCAAGAUGCGCUGGUGGCUAAACUCACGUACAAAUACGCCAAGCGCGACGACGAGUUCGGCCGUAUCAUUGUCAGCCUCGUGUCGAAGUUGGUGCGGUCGUCUGCCAAGUUAGUGGAGGCCGACAUAGCAGCUCUCGAGAAGACUGUCAAGAAGCUUCACGACGAGCGCGGACGAAAGCAGCGUCGCGACGAGGAACGUCUGGGAUUUCAGCCGCCGCAGCCAGCCGACGCGUUAGAUGUAAAAGUUGCCGAAGUGGGUCCGCGGGUGACAUCGCCCCAGACCAAGGCGGACACAAUCAACUUAAAAACGCACGACGAGUGGGUCCUCAUCAACGCACUCAACAGCGUCGAGUUCGAAGACUCGGAAAAGCAAAACGUCGAGAAGAAACACAUCAAGACGAUCCAGCAGCGCCUCUGGCUGGACUCGCAAAAGCAGGAAAAGGACAGAAAAAUCAAGACGAUGCUGGACGAAAAGCACGACAUGCACGAGCACCAAGUGUCCGACUACAACAAGUGGAAGGCAGAGGAAGCGGAGAAAGCGCGGAAAGCAAAAGAUGCGGUCGAUCACAUCCGCAUGGAGCGCGACCGCCAGCUGCGCGAGUCCAAGGAACUGCAUGCAAAGCAAGAAGAGAAACGGCGGCGGGAAGAAGAGCUAGAAGUGCAACGAUGCAAAGACGAACUCAAGCGGACGGAACUGGACGCGUUGGAGAGGAAGCGCGUGCAGCAUGCGCGGAUGCAGUCCCUGCUCAAGGAAAACAUUCAAGUACAGCAUCAAAAGGAAAAGAUCAAGACACUGGAGCAAGAACGCGACGUGAAGCUCAUGGAAGAGUACGCACAAAAGCUUGCGAAAGAAGAAGCGGACCGAGUCGCGGCGCUGCAGCACAAGCUAACGCGACAGGAUCGCAUUCAGAACGGCAUCGCGUUGAGUAUUCACGAACAGCUUAAGCAGAAGGAAAUGGAGGAUGAGCGGCGGGCCGAAGAGUACCAGCGCCGAAAACUCGAGGCCGACCGUGAAAAGGAAGAGGCCAUUGCAAGGCGACGAAAGCAGGAAGCUCUCGAACGCAAAAAGUACCUGGCGUUCCAGCACGAGAUCAAGGAGGACAAGAAGAAGAAGCUGAACAGUGAAGAGGUUGAGUACAGCAACAAGUAUCGAGAGGAGGGUGAACUUGCACUCCGGGAGUUGAAACAAAAGCACGACAACGCCCGCGUGCGCAACAAGGAGUACCAAACGCUCCUGUUGUGCCAAAUGGAGGAGCAGAAGGUGCGCAAAGCCGCCAAAUUCAAGUCGAUGGACCCAAGGGAAAAGUCACUCAACGCAAUCCUCUUGCGGAAACUCGAAGACGACGAGAUCUUGAGCCAAAAGGUUGUCGCAAAGCUCAGUCCAGACAAGACGGUCCGCGCUAAGCCGCGCAACAACAUUUUUUAGCACAGUAGCAUUCAUUACAUGCAGAAACGAUCGGAAAUGGAGUUUAAUUGCCAAGACCAGUAUUUUCUACUUCUAAGCAAC